AUGAUUUGUUUCGCAUGUUCGUCAGGAGCUAGAGGCCACAAUCCAACUACAGAGAGAGGAAAUCCAGUCACCUCUCCAGAAGAAGAGUUUGACUGGCGUGAAGGCCGUCCAGGACCUCCGGAAUCUGUGGAGACCUGCGUAAUAUGUCUUGAGAGACCCAAGGAUGCAACCAUUGUUCAUGGUGGUACGGGUCAUGUGUGUUGCUGUACAACAUGUGCUCAAGAACUCCAGAGAACAGGAGCUAGGUGCCCGAUUUGUAGAGCUCCAAUUGAACGUGUUAUUAGGCAGUACACUGCUUAGAAAUCCCAUACAAAAAUUUUGCAGAUGCGCGGCUGGCAACGCAAAGGUAUAACCAUGCAAAGAAACUGACAUAAAAUCGCACCUGCGUGCACACAUUAUAUGUGCAUUAAACAAAUAAGCUCCUAUACAGCAUGAACGCUGUGUUUCCUGAAAAUCAUCGGUAAAUUAACCAACAUGGGACAAUAACUAAAACUACGUACAAACAAUUCCUGUAUCGAAAAACAACAUAUUUGUAGUUUUGGCUUCUUGCAAAAGGCUACGAAGAUAUUGAGGAUGUCAUAAUUGAUUCCUUGGACGAAUGAAAUAAAUUACAUUGAAAUUUCCGAGUAAAAAAUAUUAACAAAGUCAGUGAAACGAUAUUGAUAUUCCCCAACCUGGAGUGAGGGUCAUCCAGCCUCAAUAAUACCGACAUUUCUCAAUUGAGAAAUUGGUAAUACCGAGUUGAGAAUUGGUGACAUGGGUGCAAAAGCGAUCAGGUGAAACACCGUUUGUGCUUGGUGGUGGUUCUUUUUAUUAAAAUGCACGGUCACGGUGGACGCAAUUUUGAUGUACGUUGUAUUAAAGCUGUGCUCUGUCAUUUAGUAGAUGAGUUCGUAUCCGUUAUAUCAGCAAAUAAGUUAAAAUAAGCAGAGACGAAGGCUGAAAGUCAGUUAAGAGAUGGAAUUAUUGAGUUGAACAGCAAUAAGCAGUGCCAGUGUUUAUUACUCCUCAUGCCAUGCAAGGUCUUCAAGAAACGAUAUUCCUUUUGCAAUAAAAGUACUGAAAAUCACACGAAUGGUCAAAGCAAGUGAAAGACUGACGACGAACUGCAACAAACAAAAACUUGUUAUUGGAAUAUUGGACACCGUUUUUGUCUCGACUUUUUAUCUAUAUCAUUUGUAUUGUGAAAUAAAGUUCCAUGACCAUGUAAUGUUUAAUAGCAUUUUAAUAAAUGUAAUAAUCUCAAUGUAGUACCAGGUUGGCAACAUAAACAAGACUGGAAAAAAUGUCUAAAGGAAAACACUCAUUAUAAUUAGUAGUCUGUCUUCUCAAGCUGUUAACUGUCAAGAAGAAUUCUGAGCCUCAAAUUGGGCUUUAACCAUAACCUCCAAGAUUGCUAGCGUGAUACCCUGCCAGUCAGACGGAGGUUAAUGCAGGUUCCAGCCCCAUGUAUAAGCAUUAACAACUUGUACAAGCAACCAAUUUACUAUCAAGCAGGGCCGUGCGCAGGACGUUUUUCACAAGAGGGGCCUAUAUAUACACAUGCCGAAAAAAGCCCAAAUAUCCAAAGAAUAAUUAAUGUCAUUCUAAAAAGCGUAAAUAUAGUUUUCUCUAGGGAGGGCAGUUCCCACCCUGCCCCGCCGCUGUGUACGGCCCUGCUAUCAAGCUGGCCAACUGAACAAAAAUGUUUCUAUUUUGAUUUUUCGACUCAGUCGAAUAUUCGACUAAAAGUCGAUUGUUGAUUUAAAUGCCGCAUUUUACAUGAGUCGAAUCUAAUGCAUAAAUUAUGUUAAAGCAUUAUUACCCAUAACUCCGCAGUUUCAUGCAAAAUGACAUGCGCAGAUAGGCGUAUAUACAGCUAGAGCAAGCAUGGCCGAAGUUGAUGACUGUUUUUCUUGUUCAAUCGGGACGAAAUACACUUGUUAUAUAGUUAGUGUCAAAGUUCAAUUUUUCUGUUUGCCGAUUGGUCAAAACCGUGUCACGUGCCGGUCCACAAAACGUCAUGUUCGGCAACUGGUCCGCAAUGAAACCUUUAUUGACCGGUCAAUAAUAAAAUAGGUGCAAUACGCAUGCGUGUCAACCAUGAAAUUCCAAAGUUCAUUUUUUAAACUUUUUACUAAACAUUUACGGCGUACCAUUUAUCCCGUUUUGGUUUCAAAUUAAGUUCACUCCAAUAACCGGUGAAUUAUUCAUGCUUUGACACUUAUAUACUAUAUAACAAAACACUUAUUUACUGAGACCUCAGGAAAGUAGUGUGUUUUGUGGCCCCAACGGCGGUCUCGGGUCCACAAAACACACUGUUUCCCUCGGUCUCGGUAAAUAAGUGAUAAAUAUUUAACAACUCUUUCUCGACAUAUAUCGCAAUUACAGUAUUAUGAUUCAAUUGUUUCUAUAAUGUAAAUAUCUCGGCGAGUAUUUACCCCCUUUUACAGUAAACGAAAACCACCAUUGAAAUUCUCACAAAAUACCCGUUUAAACGGAGGGUCAGAUGCCGUUUAAACAUUACACAAACUCCAUAACAAUCAUACAUUUACUCACCCUUGCCAUACAUUCUGAAUUUCAUUUGGAGAAAAAAACUUAUAAUAUCUUCUAAACUUUUCGUUAUUCUCUCAAAGGCCAUGGAAGUAAAAUGUAUUCAAGCGCUCUCAUGUAGAAAGUUUCGUAGGUUCACAGGACGCUCAUCAGGCAGGACGUACAUUUGGUGCUCUGUAUACUCUUAAAUUUUUUGCUAAUAAGUAUUGAUACGGCAAUAAAAUGUCUAAAUCAAUAACACAGAAUCGAAACGAAUCAGAAUCGAACGGUAAUCGAGACGAAAUUAGCAGAUCUACAGAAGAAUUAAACAGCAUAGAGGGAGAUCUAAACCUAACUGAAUCCGAAUUCAACCAGAACAAUUCGCUUGUUAAAGUCACGAGAAGCCAUCAAGUGAAUGUGAUAGCGAACUAAUUGAGAGCAGCAUUUUAAUGAUAGCCAAUGGCAAUUUGAAAUGGCAAAAGAAUUUCGAAGAGCUUCGUCUAGCUGUUGACCGACUACAACUACAAUCUAGUAAAGGGUGGACAAGCCCGGGAGGUUACUGUAAACUGUUCGAAAAUGGGGAAGUCUCGAUACGUUGGUAUUCGAAUAGUAAAACUUUGACGGUGAAGGGUGAAAAGGCCGACGAAAUAAAAGAAAAACUAUUAAAUUUCGACCGCAAAUUGAGCGGUGAAGUCAAAGUAUACUCGGAGAGUCCAAAAGUUGCAAAUAUUUUGGAGUCAACAGAUAGAAAUUUGCAUUCGAGGUCACGAAACUGUAGCGUGAACAAUGAAAUGACUCGGACAAAUUGUCAAAGUUACUCAACCAACACAAACGACACAAACUACAAUAAAUCCCCAGAAUUUUAUGAAAUAAACUCUAAGUUGGAAAAUUAUUCACAAAAUGUUACUAGAAAGCUAGAUGCUCUAGCGGAAGAAAUUUCAACGAUAAAGGAGAACAAAGAAAAUGCUGCUUACGGUAUACUGAUACUUGAAGAAACUGUUAAUGACCUUAAGAAGGAAAAGUAUGAACUUAACAGAGAGAAUGAGGAAUUAAAGGAGAAAAGCAAGAACUUAUUUCACUCUCUGUCUUAA